AGCAUGGAACCAGGUCCCUGGAGGCAUGUAGGACUCGCAGCCCUCCUGCAGCUCCUUUUCAUUUCCUGUCUGCCAAGAGAGUACACCGUGAUCAAUGAAAACUGUCCAGGUGCUGAAUGGAAUAUCAUGUGUCGGGAGUGUUGUGAAUAUGAUCAGAUCAAGUGUGUGUGUCCUGGACAGAAAGAAGUGGUGGGAUAUACUAUUCCCUGUUGUAGGAAUGAGGACAAUGAGUGCGACUCCUGCCUAAUUCACCCAGGUUGCAUGAUUUUUGAGAAUUGUAAGACCUGUCGCAAUGGGUCCUGGGGAGGAUCACUAGACAACUUCUACAUCAAAGGCGUUUAUUGUGCAGAAUGCCGAGCGGGGUGGUAUGGAGGUGACUGCAUGAGAUGUGGACAGGUUCUCCAAGCUUCAAAGGGUCAGAUUUUAUUGGAGAGCUAUCCACUGAAUGCCCAUUGUGAGUGGAUUAUACAUGCCAAACCUGGAUUUGUUGUUGAAUUAAGGUUUGCCAUGCUGAGUCUAGAGUUCGACUACAUGUGCCAGUACGAUUAUGUGGAGGUCCGUGAUGGGGACAGUGUUGACAGCAAAUUAAUUAAACGCUUUUGUGGCAAUGACAGGCCUUCCCCAAUACGAAGCACUGGCUCCUCCCUCCAUGUCCUUUUUCAUUCAGAUGGUUCCAAAAAUUUUGAUGGAUUUCAUGCAGUUUUUGAAGAAAUUACAGGUUGUUCUUCAUCUCCUUGUCUACAUGAUGGAACCUGCCUCACUGAUAAAAUUGGUGAUUACAAGUGCGCCUGCUUGGCUGGCUAUACUGGAAACCACUGUGAAAGCUUGGUGAUGUGUAGGACUCCAGGUAAUCCUGCUCAUGGUUUUGUGGAAGGAGAUGACUUUAAAUACGGGUCCCAGGUUUACUUCAAAUGCAACACAGGUUAUAUCUUAAAAGGCAGCCACGUUGCUUACUGUCAACUAAACGGGAGCUGGUCCACACACCAUCCUGGAUGUGUCAUGGAAGACAGAAACUGCUCUGAUCCUGGUGCUCCAUUCAAUGGGUACAGGAAACUGAUGGAUGAUACUGCCCUGGUUAAUGGUCAUUAUGCAAAAAUUGGAACAGUAAUUACAUUCUUUUGCAAUAAUACCUAUACGCUCAGUGGUAAUGAAAAGAGGACCUGCAAAGACAAUGGCGAAUGGUCAGGGAAACAGCCAAUCUGUAUAAAAGCCUGCAGAGAACCAAAGAUCUCUGACCUGGUGAGACAGAAAGUACUCCCAAUACAAGUACAGUCAAGGGAGACUCCCUUGCAUCAACUUUAUUCAUCCAGAUUUAGCAAACAGAAGUUGGAGGCGUAUCCAACCAAAAAACCCUCACUACCAUUUGGAGAAUUGCCUCCAGGCUUCCACCAUCUUCACACACAGCUGCAGUAUGACUGUAUAUCUCCUUUUUACCAUCGCCUGGGAAGCAGCCGAAGAACCUGUCUGAAAACAGGGAAAUGGAGUGGGAGGGCCCCUUCGUGCAUUCCAAUCUGUGGGAAGAUAGAAAACACUACACUUCACAAGUCAUCCACAACCAGAUGGCCAUGGCAAGCAGCCAUCUAUCGGAGACCUAAUGGGGUGAAGUUUCCCAGUCACAGAAAAGGGACUUGGAUACUGAUUUGCAGUGGGGCUUUGCUGAAUGAACGCACGGUGGUUGUGGCUGCACACUGUGUCACCAAUCUGGGGAAGGUCACUGUUCUCAAAACAGCAGACAUCAGAGUUGUUCUUGGCAAGUUCUACAGAGAUGAUGAUAGAGAUGAGAAGAUCAUACAGAAUCUACGGAUUUCAGCCAUUAUAGUUCACCCAAAUUACGACCCUAUAUUGCUUGAUUCUGACAUAGCUAUCAUUAAGCUCCUGGACAAAGCCAAGAUCAGCAGCCAUGUCCAACCCAUAUGCCUGGCAUCCAUACGUGAUAUUGAUCCUCCUACAGAUGAUCUGCAAAUAGUCAUCACUGGUUGGAAGAUCCUGACAGAUGUUACAGACCCAAACUACAAGAACGACACAAUUCGUAGGGGGACUGUUCAGAUAGUGGACUCUCUUCUGUGUGAGCAGCAAUAUGAGGAACAUGGAAUCCAGGUCAGUGUCACUGACAGUAUGUUUUGUGCCAAGCAGCACCCAACAGCAGUUUCUAACAUCUGCCCAUAUGAGACUGGAGGGAUUGCAGCAAUACCUUUGCCAGGAAAAUCUUCUCCCGAGUUAACUUGGCAUCUCAUGGGUUUAGUGAGCUGGGGCUAUGACAAAACAUGCAGCCUAGAACUUUACACUGGCUACACCCGAGCAAUUCCUUUCAAAGACUGGAUUGAGAAGAACAUGAAAUGAAAUGUUUAGCCCAAAACUGGUUUCUGGAAAGAUAAAUAUAUUGGUUCCUCUCUCUGAUACUUCAGGUUUCUCAUCCACUGAUGGACAAUUUCUGGGAUGAAGCUAGAGCAGGGCCCUUAGUAAUUUGCCAUAGUCUAGCUAUUCAGUGAGGCCAGAUGAUUUGUACCAGAAGCUCUGAACAUGACACAUUAUCUUGUCUCAGAUUUCCCCUUUCUUCUGGUAGGAACAAAGUAUUUACAUUAUGGACACAGUACCAAAAAAACCAUGAUGGCCAGAAAUACUGUAUGCAGUCUGUUUUAACACUUAUCUGAAUAAAAAGAUUGGAAGGUAUUUGCACAAGUCUAAGAAAGAUGAGACAGUGGCAAGGGAUUAUUAAGAAGCUGGAUGAGUUUAUUAUGGACUAAUUUGGUUUGUUUUGGCAUAUUUUAUAUUGUAUUCUUUUCCCUCCUAAAUACUUUACACAUUCAAAUAACAAAGGUUUGUCUUAAACCUGCAAACCAAAUUUGAUCAUUGAUCCAUCUCAAUCUAUUUCCCAUCUAUUGUGUUCCAUUUUUUAAAAAAAAAUAUAUAGCUAGAACUAGAAAAUGUAGAAUAGUAAUACAUUUAUGAAUGGUCUAAUUCAGCACUUGUCAUACGUUCUGUGUCCAGGGAUCUCUUUUCUCAUUGACUUAACUGUCAAGACAUGUGUGUGUUUCCAUCACAGAACUUCUGAAAAUGGAUAGAUUCUGUGCUUAGGAAAAUGCAUUCGAUACAAGCAGAAUGUAAGCUAUGUCUUCUGAGUUUCUAUGUCUCUUGAGUUCUCCAGCAUCCUCCAGAAGCACUUUGAAAACAGUUGCUGUAAUCCAAAUAAUAAAUCUUCCACCAAAAGAAGGAA